AUAAAAUCAAUAACUGCUCUAAAAAACUUGAUCUAGCUAUUUUUACAGAAGGAUACAAAUUAUAAUUUUCAUUUUCCGAGAUCUCGUGUUUUCGUCUUUUUCAAUUAACCGAGGGACACAAAUUAUAAGAUUAUUAUUUUUAGAUGGUACAAAGUAAUUGCAAAAGAAGCAGCUGAUUCGUUCAGGUUACAUAACAGUCUCUGCUGAUUGUAUGGAGGAUCGUUGAUAAGAUUUUGUGUUGCCGUCCGAAAUCCACAAGAAUCAAUAUGGGUUGUGGUUUUUUCGAUUACCUUAAUAAAAACUAUUCGUAUUAUAAUGCACCUGAAGGCCAAGACCCUGUUGGAAAACUUGUCGGCCUUGGAAAAUAUGGUUUUAUUAGUGGAACUAUGAUAUCCUUAUAUGAUGCUUGUUUGUGGUCUCAUUGUGUUAAUGCAGCACAAUUUUUUAAUACGUUUGGUUAUUGGGUAGCACCCAUGACUGGGAUGUGUUUAGCUUUUUCUACAGUUACAUAUUCAUUAUGUCGUUUCAGGAACAAGGAUGAUAAGCUAAAUUACAUUGGUGGAGCUUUGGCAUCGGGUAGUGUUGUACAUUGUUGGAAAAAAUCUCCUAGAUUGAGCGGAUGGGUAACAAUCGGCAUGGUUCUCUAUGCUGUAUUGAAAAAGCAAGCUAUACUAGAUGGUCAUGACCGUAAUAUUCUGAUGUCAGAAUUAGAUGAAGAGACACAACAUAAAUCAUAUUUCCCGUGGAGAACUUUACCAUACAGAAAUUACAGCAGCAAACCAAGAUUUCCACAUAAUAAAGAAGAUUAUUAUAUAAAUCAUUAUUAAUAGUGAUAUCAAUGUUAUUGAAUUGAAUAAUUAUUUAACUACCUAAUAUUGAAUAAUCAGAUAUGCUCUAGUACAUUGAAAAAUCUGAAUAAAUAAUUAGACACUACAUUGUCAAACUUGUAAUUUAUUUAAAGUAAUUAUAUU